AUGAUUGAAUCUAUGGAAAAGGCAUUUCGUGCAAUUGGUUUAUCUGAUUUGAAGAUUAAAGAAACUCUAAAAAAUGAUAAAUUAAGCUAUAUUUUAUUUGAAAAUGUAAUGCAUACGGAUAUUUUGAAUUCAGGAUGCACAAAGAUUCAAGGAAAUCUAUUAUAUAUAUUGUCAACACAUGGCGGAUCUCUUGGAGAAUAUGGGAGAAGUUAUAUUUGUGAUGCUAUUAUGUUAAAUAAACUUCAAACGACGUUACAAGUGAAAACUGCUAUUUCUUAUUUAAUGGAUUGUAAUUGUGUAUUUGAUUCUGAUUCGUUUGAUAAAGCAUGUGGCGUCGGGGUGAUUAUGAAUGAAGAAGAUAUACUAUCAGAAGUACAAGCAUAUAUAAAUGAGAAUAAAGAACGUAUAUGUUCCAUUGGAAUUAAAAAAGUUGGUGCUGUUUUGUCUACUUUACGUCAAGUUCCAGCUUUAAAAUGGGCGGAUCCUUUGAUCUUAAAAAAUCUUGUUGAGAACGAACUUUCCAAUCUGGAUUUGCAUUCUAAAAAAGAAGAACAUAUAGUUCGAGAAGAGGCAUUAAACUAUUCUUUUACAUCAAAAAAUGAAAAAUUGACUCAAAAUACUUUGGAAGCUGUUAAUGAUGCUCCCAAUAUGUUUGAAGAAGGAUUUUUAGCAAAGUUGCAUAAGCCAGGUGAAAAUAAACAGAUUCAUCAACGAUUGAUGGAAGAACAUUUAAAGCAUACUAAAGGAAAAGUGGUAACACGAUUUCCACCUGAGCCCAAUGGAUAUUUACAUAUAGGUCAUAGUAAAGCUAUUGCAAUUAAUUUUGGAUUUGCAAAAUAUCAUGGGGGAUAUUGUUAUUUGCGUUAUGAUGAUACAAAUCCUGAAGCGGAAGAAGAUGUUUUUGUUCAAUCAAUUGAGGAUACUGUUAAAUGGUUGGGUUUUGAACCAUAUGCGAUUACAUUUUCAAGUGAUUAUUUUGAUGAAUUAUAUCGUUUAGCUGUUCUUCUCAUUGAGAAAGGAAAGGCAUAUGUUUGUCAUUGUAGUGAUGCUGAAAUAAAAUAUGGAAGAGGAGGAGACGAACAUGGCCAGAGAAUUGCAUGUAAACAUCGUGAUCGCCCUAUUUCUGAAAACCUUGAAGGUUUUGAUCAUAUGAAAAAUGGCCUAUAUAAAGUUUCAGAAGCUGUUCUUCGAAUGAAACAAGAUUUAGAAGAUGGAAAUCCUCAAAUGUGGGAUCUUGUCGCAUAUAGGAUUUUAGAUUCUCCGCACCAUAGGACAGGUACUAAAUGGAGAAUUUAUCCUACUUAUGAUUUUACACAUUGUCUUGUUGAUUCUUUGGAAAAUAUAUCACAUUCUCUUUGCACUACGGAGUUUAUUGGUUGUAGACGUUCAUAUGAUUGGCUUUGUGAUGCUUUAGAAGUUUAUAGACCUCAGCAAAGCGAAAGGAGAGGGGUCCCCCCUGGGGCAAUAUUAUCAUUCAUUAAUGAACUUGGCGUUACUACUGCAGUAGCUACUAUUCAGGUUGUUCGUUUUGAAAAUUCAGUUAGAAAAUUUUUAGAAAAUAUAACACCUCGUUUGAUGAUGAUUUUUGACCCUAUUUUGGUUGUUAUUGAGAAUCUUCCUUUUGAUUAUUAUGAGAUGCUAGAAGUUCCAUACAAACCAGAUGAUCCGACGUUUGGGACUCAUUAUCUUCCAUUUACUUCUCGUAUAUAUAUUGAUAGAAGUGAUUUUCGCAUUGAAGAUUCUCCAAAUUAUUACCGCUUAGCCCCUGGGAAAUCUGUUGGACUUCUUAAAGUUCCUUUUCCAAUUAAAGUAACUUCUUAUACUUUAGAUCCAAUUUCAGGUUUGGUUUCUGAGCUCAAGGCAACUUAUGAAAUUCAUGAAAAUUUUAAAAAACCUAAAGCUUAUAUUCAUUGGAUAGCAAAAACUAAUGACGCUGAUUCUCCUAUCUAUAUUGAUGAAGUUCGAAUUUUUAAACCACUUUUCAAGUCCGACAAUCCUUCUUCAGCUAGUUUAGAAGAUUUUUUAGCUGAUGUUAAUAAAGACAGUGAAUAUAUAAUAAAGAACGCUUUGAUUGAAACUGGUUUUAGACAAUUAAAAGAAACUUUAUUAAAAAAUGAUAAAAAUCUAUCUCAAGGUUUUAACUUUGAAUCUCUUCGUUUUCAAGCUAUAAGAAUUGGUUAUUUUUGUAUGGACAAAGACAGUACAUCUGAUAAAAUUAUUUUUAAUCAAAUUGUUUCACUUAAAGAAGAUAAAGGAAAGUAA